AUGUAUUCUAUACCAACUCAAUGGUUAGCAUCCUUGUUUGUGUUCAACGGUACUCAUUAUUUUGGAUCCAACGAAGAGCAACAAGCCUAUUGUCAGUGCUUAGGUUUAUGUCUCAUGCCUCGAACUAAAGCAGAAGAUGAGGCUUUCGAAAAAGGCUGGAUUGCCAUCGAUGGAUUUGUUAGUCAUCCAACACAUCGUACUCUUUUACAUCUCAAUGCUGUCCAAUUCACAUCGAAUCCAUUGGCAUUCAUCAAACAAUUACUCGAAACGCGAAAUAAUUCAUAUAUACCGAUAAUAUCACAUGUUGGUGGUAUUAUUUUCGAUACGCGAAAAUUUGACUUUUAA